AUGUCCGGUGGUGUGGUAACAACGAUAUCGACCGGUGGCGUUUCGCCUCCGAGCUUGGCCAAUACGCGUUCUUCGCCAACGUCGACGCAGGAAAACACAAUACUGCCGGCGAACUCGAACACGAGCGCAUCUGCCGCAUCCUACUUGCCAGGUGUUACAUCCAGUGUACCACCUUCGAAACCACCACGAGUCGUACAGAAGCCCCGUCCGUUGCGUCUUGGUAGUGUUGCUGGAGGACGUUCAUCUGCGUGGGAUCACGGUUCAACAACGAAUCAACUUUUUUCUGACUCCAUGCCCAUAGGUGAACUGUUGACUCUCAUGGAGCAGGUGAACAGAGCGGUGAAAUCAGGCCAUUUCACUGUACUUUUAGCUAACCAAAUCCAUCGAUUAUACAACCAGCUGAAAUACUGCGGGGAAAUGCUUGAAAAUUCAAACAAAAGUAAGCAGAAAUCGGAUGACGUUUGUUUUGAUGUAGGAAAUUUUAAAGAUAGUAAUUUUUAUCGCGCUGCAAUGGUAGCAAUUUGUUCUUUCCCUUUGUGAAA